AUGCCCGCCCUGCUCUCCUUGUGGGGGAAUGAUGAGAUCGAUAUUGGGAUUGCCCUCACUGGUGCACUUACCGCAGGUAUUGCCAAGGGCAACUCGGAUUACCGACUUGUCGGCCAGGCUGUUGUGGUUGGGUAUAAUUCGUGGUACGAAAAGAUCAAAGAUUUGAAGGGAACAACGGUCGGAAUCUCUGUGGGAAAGAGCGUGGAUAUUAGUACUGAGCUUUUAGGGUGGUACUCUGAUAAGGAGAAAAAACAUGUCGAGAGGUUCAAAUUCAAAGUGAAUCCUACCAUGGACAGUCUUCUAAGUUCUGUCAACAACGGGUCUACAAGUGCGUUCUUGUGGGAAUGGUGGAACAUAAAACCUUACGUUGAUAAUAAAGAGGUUCGCGUUAUCGGCUUAGUUCCUACCCCCUGGCCAAGCUGGAUGAUUGCCGCACACACUUCACCGAAAAGAGCGCCUCUUGUCGAAGUACGGGAAUUCCUUGCCAAGCUCAACAUAUACGUCCAGACCUUCUCUAGCGGACUUUUGCAAAGCAAGCCUGUCGGGAUUGAAAUCCAUGGUGUUCCUAUUUCUCCUCUUUUCACGAAGGACGGUCAUAAAAUAAAGGACAGUCCGAUGCUGAGGAAAGAGCGUGCCAAUAUCGACUAUAUCAUCAGUCAGUUUGGAUACGAAGAGAUGGACGUGAGAGAGUGGCUAUCUACCGUUCAGUACCCCUCGGACGUAGGACUGGUGCCUUUGGACAAGGUCGUACACGCUCUUAUGUAA